AUGGCAAAAUUUGUGCUUGCUGGUAAAACAGACUGCCCUCUUUAUGCCAAAGCGGAACUUUUAGCAGACGCUCUGAAACGAUCUCUGCCAAACUUCAGGGCUCAUAAGAUCUCCAUCCUCCCAGAUGACUGGAAGGAAUGGCUGGAAGCCACCUGCAAAAGAAACGGCUGGAAACACAAGAAGUCCCCUUUGGUUUGGAGGGAGCUGGUGGACCAAGGAGGCAAAGGGAUGCUCUUAGGGGGCUUCAGUGACUUCCUUGAGCAUUGUCAGGACUACUACAAUAUCACAUCAGACAUGCCUACAGACAUAAUGCUGAGUGUUGCAGCAGAGAAUCUGGAGACCAAAAUGAACCUUAUUGUGGAGGAGCAGCACCGUGCCAGUCUCUUCAAACCUCUACACAUAUGGAUCAGCAGUGCUCUCAGCCCAACCUGCCACCUCCUGAUCCCCAAUCUGCUCUCUGCUGAAGUGUUCCCUCAUGUUGAUGCAAUCAGUCUCCACCUAUUGGACCUGGAGGGAGGUGAGGAGCAAUUACAAGGACUGAGGAUAGAGAUGGAGAACCUGGGACUCCCUCUACUCCAUCAGGUGAGCAUUCACACAGAUCUGGAUCAAGCCUUUCAAGAAGCAGGUGUCAUCCUCCUACUGGAUGAGUGGUGGUCUGAUGACAGUGAUGCAGAGAAUGACAGUGAGCAGGAGAGGAAGAAGAGGAAAGUAAAGGAAGUCUCAGACCACUACAGAGAGUACGGAAAACUGAUUGACACAAGGGCCAACAAGGAGGUGAAGGUGAUUGUGUCUGGUGACUCAUUUGUCAACCUGAGAUGUUCGCUUCUGGUAGACAAUGCCCAGUCAAUUGACAGCGACCAAUUUGUCACCAUGGCAACUCAACUGGAGAAUGAAGCCAAGGCCAUUAUGGCAAAGAAGCUGAGAGUUAAGGCGUCAGAUAUUACAGAUCUCAUCGUGUGGGGAAACAUCAGUGGUAGUUUCUACAUUGACCUGCAGAGGGCGAAGGUUUUCAACUAUGAUGGGGCAAUCAAAGGACCAGCUUUCUUUUCCCAGUCACUCCUAAAGAUUUUCCAUGACAGGAAAUGGUUGGAGACAGACUUACAAGACUUGGUACGUUGUCAGCGUGCAGCCGUGGCUUCAAAGACCUGCCAAGCAGCUGCCAUGUCAGCUGCCAAUGGGAUCCUAACCAUCCUCAAGGCUUGGAAUGGCACUUGCAGUCCAGAUAAGAUCUUCUCUCUGGGUGUACUAUGCCCAGGCUACUACAAUCUCCCAGAUGGCAUCGUCCUCUCAGUUCCAGUUACCUUCACAGAGGGUAAAUGGUCUGUGCUGUUUGAUGUGACUGUUGGAGAUGAGCUGAAGGAGAGACUUCAGCUUUCUGCUAGUGAACUCAGGCGGGAAAAAGAACUUGAAUCAGAAAAUGACAUGAUCGUUAUGAAGAAGGAAGAAAGUUGAUUACACAGACAAAAACAUGUUAGAAGUAG